AGACACCGGGCGUCCAUGAUGAUAAAAAAAAAAAAAAAACUUCCAGUCUCUUAUCUCGCAAGUCACCGUACGCCGCGCAGUUAUAUUUAUUGUUAUUGCCAUUAUACAGUGACAUUGUUGUGCGGACAUCGGGCGACGUCGACGUUAUUAUGUAUGCGAAUCCACAACGAAUCACGCGAUCGCUACGCCGACGUACCUCUGCCGUCGUCUUGGUCGCGUGAUGUGCGACAGCAAACAGCCCGUCCCGCCGCCGUCGAACGGAGCGAAUCGCCCGGCGCCUCCGCCGCCGUAACACCGCAGUACGCAGCGAACGCCGACCCAUCCGCCGCCACUUCGUCACUGCCGUAGCCGUUACCGUUUCUGCCGAGACUUCGCGCGCACGCCGGCCGCUGCCGCGUCGUCCGUCUCGACGUGCCCGGCGUCCAUCGUCGUCGCCGCGUCGCGUUGAUAACCUCCGGCUGCCCCGGAAAACGUGCGCCCACCACGAGCGUCGUCAUCAUCAACCACGACAAUCUUGUCUCGUGAGUGUAACAAUAAAAUAUUAUUGUGUAUUAUUAGGUUCGACGUGCGUCAAAAUAAUACCUUUUUACCCCGUUGCAUUAUUUUAUUUUAGCGAAUUUACCCACUUGGUCUCCUUUGAAAAACAGGACUUACUGUAGACCAAAUCUUAACACUUUUAGUACUUAGGUAUUGUUUUAGUUACCUUUUCAUAACGGUGGUAUAUUUACGGGGGGAGGGGGAGAGAUUAUAUACCUUCCACUUGAAUCUAUUAUUUACAUGUCCACUUAUUUUUAAAUUCUAAUUUUUUUACUUUUUAGUUAAAAAAAUUAAAAAAUUGAAUGUGCCGGUGCCUACCUUUGGUUAAUUAUGUUAAUUUAUCCGAAAAAUAUGAACAUAUACCUACAUUUUCUUAUUUAAAACGAAACAUUUAGUAAAUCAAUUAAUAAUAAUUACUUAUCUAACUUAACCUUAUACUUAACUAGAAUUGUACAUUGCUUACAAAAAUAUAUGAAUUAAAAAUUGAUCCUUUUUUAGCCUGUACACGUUCAACAAUAUAACACAAUUUUUAAAUUCUAUAUUUCCCUCCUUGGCAAAACGAAUAGAUAACUAGGUUCCGAUCACUACUGAUCAAUUAUAUUAUAAUAUUCCAUUUAAUUUAGUGGAAGUACAGUUUCUACAUUUUACCACUGGGUGACACAAAUCCUUAUAAAUGACAGGCUUCAUAUUGCCAUAAUAUUCCCUUACAUUAACACAAUGUAUAAUAUCAGCAGUAUUCUGGUUGUAUACUCAAUGUAUCCGAUUAUAAUUAUCUACCUGUUAUGGUUGACACAUUAUAAAAUAAAUUACACUGUUAAAAUAUUAGUGAUUAAUUAGUAGGUACCUAUCUAAAAUAACAAACACAGUUUUACUGUACUUAUUAACAUGGCUAAAUAAAUGACUAUACCUAAUAUUUUUAAGAAGUAAAAAAAAUCUAAAAGUGUAAAAUCAUUACUGUGCUUCCUAUUAGUUGAUUAACAAUAAAGCAAAAUUAUAUAAAUCUACUUCACGCAAUCUUGAGUGCAAUAGAACUUAACAUACACUCAUGCGCAAUGUUUAUUUACAAACACUUGAGAUACUUGUAUUUUUGCAUAAAUACAUUUUUUUUUUUAACAUCAAAUCAAUAAUGAACUUGGUACUGGGUACUUAAACGUUUAAUUCUCGUUGUAGUAAGGAGAAGUCAUUACGCAAAUAUGUGUAUCUUCUUUUUAUUCACCUUCUCUUCAACUAUUUUGAGUUCACAACUUUCGACCUAAACUUCCGCUUGACCCAAUCUCCCACCUCGUAUACACUGGUUAUCCACUGGUUUCGGCCUUCCUAUUCUUCCCUUUUCUCAUACCUUUAUUUUCAUUUCAAUUGUUAUUGCUUUUCAUCAUAACCUGCCAAACCAUCUCAGUAUAUUUUCUCUCAUUUUGUUUAUUAUUGAAAUCUCACCUAAACUACCUAAUAGCUUUGUUCGUUUUAAAAAAAAGUGUAGACUUUUUACUACAUUUAUAAUAAGGAAUACAUUACUUACACAGACACAUCAUCAAAUACAGUGUACUCCCGAUUAUCCGUGGAAUUCCGUGGAUAAUCCACAAAAUUAAAUUUUAUAAUAAAAACUAAAUUUGAAAUUGAAAUUGAAAAUUAUUAUUAAAUAUGUAUAAUUAAAAAAAAACACUUUAUAAUAACACAACUUAAUAAACAUUUUAAAUUAUUUAUGUGCAAAAAAAUCAGUCACAAGUUGUUGUUUCUUUGUUUGAAAACUCUUCUUUUUAACUUAGAUAUUUAAUGAUCCCGUCUAUAUGUUUUAGAGCUGCUUCAUGACUAACUUGCUUUACUUCAUUAACUUCAUCGUUUUCUUCUUCUUCAUCUUCACUUUCUGAUACUGUACCUAAUGCUCCACUUACUAUUUGUUUAUCACUAAGAUGCUCAAAUCCGGGAUCAUUGGCAUCACAAUUUAUCCACUCAUUAAUGUUUUCUUCAUCAACAUUCUCUCCUCCAGUAAGAGAUUUAGAAAAAUUAGCCAAAUCAAGACUGCCACAAGUAGAGACUUCUUCUUCUUCUUCCCCUAUCAAAGUAUUUUCCACACUCGGUAAAAUUUUUCUCCAAGACUUGACUAACGUAGUUUGCUUAACUAACCCCCAAGCAGUAUUUAUGUCAUAAAUGCUAUCAAGAAUUGUGUAAUCUUAAUAAUGAUUUAUAAUGGAAAGAUACAAUACGUAUAUAUUUUUUUGUAUACAUAUAGGUAUGUAGACGAUUCCGUGGAAGACAGCGGAUAAUCCGCAACGCGGAUUAUCGGGAGUACACGGUAAAUUCUAUGUAAGAAAGUGUACACUUUUGUUAGAACAAUCAAAUCUUUUAUGAUGUAUUCAUUCCUUAUCUUAUUUUAUCUUGUUAUUUCACGCAUCCACCUAAGAAUUAUUAUCUCUACUACUCUUAUUUUCUGUGUAUCACCCAACACUCCAAAUCAUACAUAAGUCGUCAGUCUCACCAUACUUUUAUAGAACUUAGCUUUAAGUCUUAUUAGAAUCCUCUAAUCAUAUACAUCUGAUAAUUCUCUCCACUUCAAAUCCUUGUCAAAGCCACCAUUGUUUUGUACAAAAGAUCCUAGGUUCUUAAAACUUUCAACCUCCUCUAUUAUAUCACUGUUUUUAGUCAUUGGCUGUUUUAUCCUGUUCUCCCAAACUCAUACUCUAUAUACUCUGUUUCACUUCUACUUAUCCUUAGUACUUACCUUUUCUUUAUGUGCUACUCUCUAUUUCUCAAGACUAUUAGUAUAUUUUAGAUUUUCUUCUAUAUCGUCUGCAAACAUCAUAUAUCAUGGUUUAUUCUCUCACCUGUCCUUUCUGUGCAUAUUUGAGAUAAGACAAUCCGCCAAAGUUAUGAUUAGAACUUCUCAUACUGUUUGACAAAAUAUUACACUGGAUGUCUACCUGAUGCAAUUCUAUUUGUCACUUCUUACAAUAGGUAGACAUACUAAACGAAAAUGUGCAUGAUAAACAUAAAUUUGAUAUUUUACAAAAUUGUAAGUACUUGCAUUAAAAUGACCUUUUUUGUACUCAUUGUUUCACAAUUAAUUUAUAGUUCACUGAGAAUAAAUUGUAUUAACGUUAGACAUUUAAGGAGUAAUAUAAAUCCAAAUUUGACCUAUAAUUUUAUAAUACAGUAGGAAUUAAAUUGUAAAUGGAAAAAAUAUGGUUUAUAAAAUCAUAAUUUGGGCAGGUGUAUUUAUUUUUGCCAUUGUUUUUUUUUUGUUUUUUUUUUUUAAAGAUUAGUUAUAACUUAUAAGUAUAGUUUGUUUAGGUGCUUUAAGUAUACAGUAGUUAUACUUGAUAUAAAAUAAAAUUGUGUUAUAAAAUAAAUUUGUGUAAUAAAAUAGAAAAAAUACUUGUGAACUUCUUUAAAACUACGCUUGUAUAUAUCUUAUGUCUUUAGUAAAUAAAUAAUAAUAAUACAACUUUCUAGUUUAUAUUAGUGAACUGCUGUAUAAAUAUUACACUAUACUAAACACUUAUAGGUACUUACAGUGGUGUUUUAAUUCUUUAUACAUUCUAUACAAUUAAAUUUAUUAAGUAGGUAAUUAAUAUCAAAAUGUAAUUUAUAUAUUUUUUUAAAUUUAUUGUAUUCAUAAAUUACAAGUUUUCACGAUAUAUAGAUAAGUAGGGUUGAGUCGUCACUUAUGGCCAGUAUUUUUGCUAUGGCCACUUAUUUUUAUUUUAUUCGUAUAGAAUAAUAUUUUAAUUUGAUAAGCCAUAUAAUUAUUAUUUUAGCGAUAUCAAUUAUUACAAAAACAACAUUAAAUUUUAAUUUAAAUAAUUGUCUUCACAAUCCAUUUGAAAAAUAUUCUUUGGUUACUAACUAUACAAAAAAUUAUUAUAAAACUGUAUGAUCAAAUUUAAUAUAGUUGCAUAAUACAUAUACCAAUUUUAUGUGUAAGUAAUAAAUUUGAUAUUAUUUGUUCACAGGUUUUCAGUUUAUAGUAAUGGAAAAAGAAAGUAAAUAUAAAGCUUAAUAAUGGUUUCAUACUCAGAUAGUGUUCCAUCUAAUUUAACGGCAGUUGCCAAUAAUAAUAUCCAACAACCGGAUCAAGCAGUAUUUGAAGCAGAUAAACGAGCUGUUUAUAAGUAAUUUGUCAUUAUAUUACUCAAAAUAAAUACCUAAUACAUGUAUAAGUAUUAAAAACAAGUUUUGUAACUAUUUUUUGUAUUUUAGACAUCCACUUUUUCCCUUAUUAGCAUUACUUUUUGAGAGAUGCGAACAAGCCACUCAGUCGGCAACAAUAUCAAAUUCAGAAAGUUUCAAUAUGGAUAUCCAAGCCUUUGUCCAACAUCAGGAAAGAGAUCGAAAACCGUUUUUAAUCAAUGACCAAGAAAUAGAUGGACUGGUAUGUAUAAUAAUAUGUAUUAUCUUAAUAUUGUAUGUUAAAAAAAAAAAAUGAUUUUGCCCUCUUGAUUUCCCACUUCUUUGGUUGAAUCACAAGUAAUUUAUGUCUAACAAUUUGUUGUGUGCAUAAAAAAAAAAAAAAAAAACAAGUAACCCCAAUACUAAUUUAUAUGUUUUCAUUUGUUUUACUUUUUAGAUGAUAAAAGCCAUUCAAGUAUUACGGAUACAUUUAUUAGAGCUGGAAAAAGUUCAAGAACUGUGUAAAGAUUUUUGUAGCCGUUACAUAACAUGUCUUAAAAUUAAAAUGCAAAGUGAAAAUUUAUUACGUUCUGAUUAUACCUCUGGUUACUUGGAAAAUAAUAGCAGUGGUAACUCAAGUAAUAGUAACUCUCCAUUAUGCCAUUCUCCACACCAUAUUCAGGUAAAAUAAAUUUCAUAAUUAAUAAGUGAAUAGUAUAAUUUUUACUUUUUAUAAUUAUUACUAAUGUAUAAAUUUAUAAAUUUUCAAUUAUCAUUAAAAAAUAUUUUACAAAUGUAACUUAUUACAAGGGAGAAUUAUAAUAGAAUAUAUUAUUGCAGAUACACCUGUUUAAGUUACUAUGUUAAUCAUAGACAUUUUAUAUCCAUAUUUACUUUUUUUUCUUAUUUUUAAAUAAAUAAUUAUUAUAAUUCAAAUUUAUCUAGCCUACUGUGUUAAGAAAUUAUUUAUCAUAACAAAUAAUGUAUAAUAUAUUUAUUUACUUUUUUUCAUUGUAUAUGUUAUUGUGAAUGUCCACAGUUACAGUCACCAGUUAAUGUUGACAUAUUCUAAAGUCAUUAGUUAAUGACAACAUUUAUAUAAGAAUUAUGGUGAAUGUGGUAACGCCAAUAAGUCACAAUAAUAAUACAGUUAUUAUUAAUUUAGAAAUACUACUAAUUUACAACUUGUUAACAAUUUUAACACUUGAGAAUUUAAACUCUUACCUAUUUGAUUUAUUGUAUUAUAGUCUAUACCUUAUGUGCAAAUAUAUAUGUCAACAUUUUUUUUAAUUUUUCAACAUUCACCAAUUUAUGUGGUGUAUGUUGACAUUAACUGGUGACUGUUACAAUUCACCAAUUAUGGACAUUCAAAGUAACAUAUAUAACAGUGGUCUGUGGGUAGCAAUAAAUCACCCUCUUCUAAAAGGCUAUUGUGUACAUAAGACAAGAUAACUUAUUUUUUAUUCAUAUAGUCAUUUAUUUUUUGGUGAUACAAUUUUUUAUUGUAGAUUUUUUUUCAUAAAUUUGAUUUAAAAUCUAUAAAAUAACAAUUUAUAUAAUUUGUAUAUUAGUUUUUAUGCUGUAAUUUUAAAAUCUUGUUUAUUUUUAAUGUUUGGCUAAAAUGUAAAAAUAUUUUCACUGUAUUAAAUAUAAUAUGUAGUUUAUUAUGCUAUAUUAGGUUUAGGUUUAUAAUGAUGUUUGACAGGUGAUAUCCUCUUCAGGAGUUUCUGUGCGGCAGUCUGGAGACCACGAUUCUAUAAAACCAAAGACAAUAAUGGAUUUAAAAAAUAUUACCAGUCUUUUGUCAAAUAUACCAUCUUCAACAUCUGUAGAAAUGAAAGAUGUAUCUCAAGAUGGUACUCAACUGGAUUUGACUGUCACUAAACCAACACCAGAAAACUCUUCUUUAGAAAAAACACCAUUUUCAUCAAUUGGUACAAAUUUAUUGACCAGUAAUGUUUCAAUUUUACAUGGUAUGUGAAUAAAUCAUAUUUUUGAACACUUAUGUAAUAAUGAAAUAUUUUUAGUUUGGUUAAUAUUUUCUAAAUAAAUACAUAUUAGUGCAGUGUUUCUCAACUUUAUUUACAUGAAAUAAGAAUACAUAACCAUGAUUAGAAAAAUUAAGAAGUUAGUUUAUACUAUAAUUAAAACAUAUUAUAUAUAUUGAAUAUAAUAAUACCUUUAAUAUAAUUAUAAUAUAUUAGUUUUUAUUAUAAGAGGGUGGGGGAGUCCUGAGGUAACUAGUUUUAUUUAUUACCUAUUUUUGGGGUGGCGACAUUAAAAAGAUUGAAAAAUACUGCAUGAGGAUGUUCCUUAAUUUUCAAUUUCAAAAAAUUUUUGGUUUCAUCUUAUAUAUGGGAGUGUAUGCUAUGUAUAAAAAUGAACUACAAAAAAUUUUAGGUCAAUCAGAUAAACUUAACCUGUACUGUGUUAAAAAUAUCAAUAUUUUUAUCUUAAAUAUUUUAAAGUAAAUUAAAUUUUCCAUAUUGAUUCAACUGUUGUAAAAAACCAUAAUAUUCUGAUUAAAUAGUUAAAAAUAAUUAACAAUAAACAAUAUUGUUGAUUAAUUAUGUUUAUAAUGUUAUAUAAAUCUAUUUAAAAUCGUUUUUAUAUCUAAAUAAAAUAGAUUUUUAUCAUUAAAAAAAAAAUACUAAAAUACUUCUAAAGUAGCUUGUAGAACAUAUAAACUUGAUACUAUAUACUUAACUGGCACUUAUCUAAAGCUCUAGGUAGUUUUGGUGUAAAAUUAAUUUUUGUCCAGUAUUUUUUUUCCUGAAGAGGCCUCUCUUUCUAGUUAAAUACUUGUAAUAAUAUCAAAUUGUAAAAAGUUAAAUAACAAAGUUGAGGGACAAUUUUUAUUAUAAUUAACUUUUCUUUUUGAUUCAUUCGAGUUUCGUGUUAAAUGUUACUCUUUUAUUUUAUUGUUACUUUAAUGUCUAACUUAACCUAACCUUCAUGCCAUCCAAAUCACAGGGUAAAGUUGGUUAGUUAAAAAUUGUCUAACAUCAUUUUUAAAAUCAUUUUUUUUAUUUUAUAUGACUUGCCUACUUUUUUUUUUUUUUUUUUUUGGAAUUAUGCCAUUCAUUAUAUAAAUCAAUUUAUCAAUACAGUAUUACAAUGUUGAACUGCUUGAAUGGGAAUUCAUGCAUUUUUCUAAUAGAUGCGACAUUCACACAAAGCCAAUGCCACAACAAAUUUAACAGUCCGUAUAUUAUAAAAAAUAUAUAAAGCAAUUAACUGUACGAAGGAAGCUUUGAACCAUGUGUUAAAAAUAUUUUAUAAUUACUUCUCAGUUUUGUUGAUAUUUUUAUAUUUAAAAUAACAAAUAACAUAUCAAUUUUAAAUCAUACAGUGACAAUUAAAAUUUAGGUUUUUACUAAACAAAUAUCACAAUCAAACUAACAUUAAUAAUAAUUGUAACAAAACAAGCACCAGACUUAAUCAUUAAUAUCUAUUUUCUAUCUAAUCCAGCAUUUCUCAAAUUGAUAAGUUAAUUGUUGGUGGGUUGCAAAAAUUGUUUUGAAUUAAAUAGAUUUCAAGAAAUAUGUUUAUUUUUUUAUCUAAAUGAACAACUUAUCUAAUUGCAGCAAUUUUGAUUCGAUUUUCAAGUUCAGCACUAUUUCUGAAAGGAUAAUUGACUGGGGUGGAACUUAUUAAGGAGUUAAUUUUAAGAUUUUUCCAGUUGUUUUCAUAAACUAAUUUUUUAAAAGUGAAAUCAAUGUGGGUCACAAUAGAUUUUCAAUUUGGAGGGUGGGAAUUGAAAAUUUGGGCUAACCCAUGCAAAAAGCCUAGUCUUUUCGUAAAAGGAAUAAUUUUCCCUAUGGUCUACGACAUAUAUUUUAUAACAUCAGUGUUAGCAAUAAAUCAUUAUUUGUAAUAACUUACAGUAGUAAUUCAUUAUUAUCAAUGGCUAAUUCAGUUAAGCAUUGUUUACACUAUAAAUCAUUUUUUUUUGUAUAGGUUCCUUAUCAACUACUAGUGGGGGCUCUUGUGAUGAAGAAGAUGACUAUUUUGGAAGUAAAAAGAAAAGACAACAGAAAAGAGGAAUUCUUCCUAAACAUGCCACAAGUGUAAUGCGCUCUUGGCUUUUUCAACAUUUAAUUGUACGGAAAAUAUAUUUUACAAAUUAAAACUUAAUAUUUUAAUAUUUAUAAUUUAAGAAAGUAUAUUUUUAAAUAUGAAAAGUAUUUUGUUUGUUAAUUUUUGUUUUAAUGUUAUAUUUUAGCAUCCAUACCCUACUGAAGAUGAAAAAAAAAUUAUUGCUGCCCAAACUAAUUUGACAUUGUUGCAAGUAAAUAAUUGGUUUAUCAAUGCAAGAAGAAGAAUAUUACAACCAAUGCUUGAUGCUUCCACAUCAGAUAUAUCUGGUAUUUAUAUUGUUGUUUUUUAUAAUUUCAUCAUAUAACUUGAAAUAAUGAAAUAAAUACCUACUUUAAUUUACAGGUGAAUCAAAUUUUACUCUUUCUAAAGAUAAAUCUGUAAUUAUUGAAAAUAAUAAGUUUUCAUGGCCUGUUGAUGAAAUAUUACAAUCUCAGAACAUUAAUGGUAAAAUAUAUGGCAAAUAAAUAUAAUUUUAAAUGGUUCAAAUAAUUAUUUUAUGUGUUCAUCUUAAUUUAUGAGUAGUGAUACAAAAUAUGUGCAAGAAACCACUUUAUUGUUUAAUGUAUAAAUGUAUUUUGCAAACCGAUUAUUUUAUGAUUAUUUAACUGAUUGAUUGCUAUAAAUUGUUAAAUUUUAGAAAACUCCAAUGAAUCAAAUUUUGAUGAGAGUGAAGAAGAAGAAGAAAUUAGUGACAUAUUUUCCCAGCAUAGUGUAAAUGAAUCAGAUUAGUCAGUGUUCUUAACAUGUGAGUUUUUUAAACAUAUUUUAUGUAUUCAAUUAUUAUAAGAUUUUUUAUUUAUAAUUAAGUAAUAAUUUUAUAUAAUUCAAUUAUGUAUUAAAUUCAUUUUAAAUGUCUAGUACCUUUAUAUAAAUCUUUAAAAUUACUGUAAAUUACACAUAAUAUUUUUAAUGUUUGUUAAAAAUUAAGAGAUGCAUUGAGAUACAUAAUAGAUGGUUAAAAUGGCAUUAAAGUACCAUAGUAUUUACAUCAAAAUUAAAAUUGUUUAUUCCAGUAUUAUAGAGAUAUAAGUUAAAUUGAAAAUUACAGUAGAAAAACUGUAUUUUUAAAAAUGUUUUAUUGUUUAUUUUCAUAAUUGAAUUGGUAUUGUUUCCUGAUAAACAUGUAAACUAAAUAAAAAUGUCAUCUAAUUUUGAAAUACAAUAUAAAUUAUUUUAUAUUUGUAUUCCAAGUGAAUAAAGUGAAUCUUUUCACUAAUUUUUUAAUGUUCAUCAAAGCAUGAUAAUAUUGUGAUAUUAUUCAAAAUUAUAAUAUAUUAUUUGUA